AAGUCGCUCAUACUUAAAUUUUGAAGUACCCGCGUAGCGGGUAAUACUUGCUUAUUGGGCUAUCUUGGUUGCCUGCUGAGGAUAACUUUAUACCAUCCUUAAAAGCUAUUGUGGUUUAAGCAUGGAAGAACUUAAAGCGUUUUUUAACAAUCCGUGCCCGUCAAAUGCUCAAGUAAUCAAGUUGCGUGGACCUCUUACCGGUGGGCAAAGGAUUACAAAAGAUGAUCCUAUAAAUGACUUAAAUAGACGAGAAGAACAUCGUCAAUCAGUUGUUAUUAGUGGUACUGAUUAUGCUCGUGAAGUAAAAUUAAAAGAAACUGAAAUGUAUUUGAAGAAUGAGCGAGAGCGUGAGAAUUUCCAAAGUAUAUCAGGCGGUUUAGACUCCAUGGAACAAUUAUCAUCAUGGGGUGCGUCAUUUCAAAACUUGGAGACGUUGACCAAAGAGGCCAUGACACAAGUUUACAAUAAAUACUCCUUUCAAAUGAAAGAAGACACAAAGAACUUAGCUAUCAAUGCCUAUCAUGACGAUAUUUUAGAUAGAAUAAAAGCAUUUCCAGUAGUAAUAAUUGAAGGACCCACUGGGUGUGGGAAGACCACUCAAGUUCCACAAUGGAUAUUAGAUGAUGCAUAUAAUAAUAGGAAGCCAUGUAAAAUAGUGGUAACUCAGCCAAGGAAGAUAGCAGCUAUAUCCAUUUCGAGAAGAGUUGCUCAAGAAAGGGGUUGGGAUGUGGGAGGCCUUGUUGGAUAUCAGGUGGGCCUUGAAAACAGAACAUCUAAUGAUACCAGAAUACAUUAUGUUACAACAGGAGUACUGCUACAAAAACUUGUAAAUGCUAAAAAUAUGAAUGAAUACACACAUGUGGUGCUGGACGAAGUACAUGAGAGGGGGCAAGAUAUGGAUUUUUUAUUAUUGGUAGUUAAAAAACUACUUUACACAGUAUCACCAAGUGUCAAAGUCAUCCUAAUGUCUGCUACAUUCAAUUGUAGAGCAUUUGCCGAUUAUUUCUUGAUACCAACACCAGCUGGUUUGCAAAUGUCUUCAUGUUUGAAAGUCACAAAUGAUAAACCUGCAUUCACUGUGAAGACAUUUUAUUUGAAUCACUUAACAAAGUUUGGAGCUAUCUUACAACAAUCGACACCUAAAUCUAAUGAGCCAGUUAUUUUGCCGCCAAUGUACCAUCUUGUCGUUAAACUGGUGAAUGCGUUUGAACAUAUUGAUAAACAAGAGGAGUAUAGUGACAGGUCGGAGGCAGACCUGCCCUCAGUACUUAUAUUUCUGCCGGGCAUACAUGAAAUUGAAGAGCUAUAUGCUUCUUUAAUGGACAUUGAACUGAGGAAGAAAGUGGGUGACGAAGAGUGUUCUUCAUACAAAUGGUGGGUUCUGCCGCUCCAUUCGACUAUCACAGCUGAUGAACAGGUGAGAGUAUUCCAAAGAGCUCCGCCGGGACACAGGAAGAUCAUACUAGCUACAAACAUAGCUGAGAGUUCCAUCACUGUACCAGACAUUAAAUAUGUUAUCGACUUCUGUCUCAUGAAAGUCUUGGUGGCCGAUGAGAACACCAAUUUUACGUCGCUGCAACUAUCCUGGGCGUCGAAGACUAACUGCGAGCAGCGUGCGGGCCGUGCGGGCCGCGUCAGGGACGGCCGCGUCUAUAGGCUGGUUCAUGAGAAGUUUUAUGACAACCUCCCCCAAGAAUGCAAGCCAGAGAUCAUCCGUUGUCCUCUAGAGCGUCUGGUCCUUCUGUCCAAAAUGCUGGACAUGGGUACUCCGAGCGAUAUCCUCGCACUGGCUAUGGACCCCCCUGACAUGUCCAACAUACAUCGGACCAUAUUGGUGCUUAAGGAGGUCGGUGCUUUAAAGAAGACGAUGGACGGGGAGUGGUGUGUCUCGGACGGUGAUAUAACACACUUGGGACGAAUAAUGGCCAAGUUGCCCCUGGACGUGAGAGUGUCGAAGCUGAUCCUACUCGGCUAUAUAUACGGAUGUCUCGAAGAGGCUGUUGUUAUGGCUGCCGGUUUGUCCGUGAAGAAUGUAUUCAGCAGUCCGUUCCGUGAGCGCCUCAACGCCUACAACUCUAAACUGACGUGGGCCGACGGUUCAACGAGCGAUUGCAUUGCCCUACUUAACGUUUACAAGGUGUGGAAUCAUCUGCGCCAACAGAAGUAUUUCAAGCAGCAAGGCACCAACGAAGUGCAAUGGGCGCGUCGGUUCUACGUUCAAGUGAGGGCCUUGAGAGAGUUGGACGAUAUGGUGAAGGAAAUACGGGCGAGGCUCUCGAGGGAGGGCAUCCAGCAGGGGACAGCCCCGUGGAACAAACAGGAGCUACCGCUGGUACUGAAGGUUGUGCUAGCGGGUGCAUUCUACCCGCAGUACUUCACCCAAGCCAGCACGGACGAGUCCCGUGAGCGCGACGCGGUGAAGGUCGUGGGUGGGCUGGACCCGCGCGGAUCGGUGUACCUCCGCGGUCUGCCGGACGCUCAGCCGGCCGAGAUAUACCAGGCCGCGGUCCGAGCCGCCGUCCACAGGCUGCUGGGAGACGAGCCCAGGGUCACCGUUGACAGAAACAGCAGAAAAAUUUACCUCACAUUCCAAGACAAUGAAAGCUCCAAAACUGGCAAUAAAGGAGGUGAUCCUACAAUUCCCGGUCAAGUUUUGCUGCCUGUAUAUAAAGCUGUCAAAGCUAGACAACUUAAAAUGGAUAUAAGGAUACCUUUGUUACCACUGGAAAAAGCAAUAGCUCUAUCAGAAGCAAUGAAGUCUAAAUUAGUUAAUAUGGAUUUAAACAACAUGGUGCCCAGUCUGCCGGACAUAGACGAUACACAUUUCGCUCUGAAAAUCUCUCAGUUUAUCAACGUAGGCAAGUUCUGGGUUCAACACGAUGACGAGUCUACCAGGAAUGAGCUUCGGGAGAUCCAGAGGUCAUUGAACUCUAGACCUCUUCUGGCUGUCACUGGGGAUGUGGCAGUGGACGAUCUGGUGACAGCACCGUACGCUGAUGGUACCACCACAUUGAUGUACCGCGCACGGAUUACUAGGAUACUGCCGAGAGAUAUGUUAGAGGUGCUGUACAUCGACUACGGCAGCGCAGGUCGCGUAUCGCGCAGCAGUAUACGCGUCCUGCCGCAGGUGUGCUGCAGGCCGCUGGCCUUGUGCUGCAGGCUGGCUGGGCUGGCUCCCGCACCACUGCUCGACUCUCAUACACACUGGUCACAACCAGCACAGAAGAUGUUCACCGAGCUGGUGGGGAGAGGGCGGCUCAUUGCGAAGGUGUAUUCAGUGGCCCAUGGCGUAGUGUCCAUAGAAUUGUUGUCGGAAGGCGGUAAGAUUAAUAUCAACAAGGAACUCCUGGACAAGGGCUAUGCUGUGCCCUGUGAAGAAAGCUAUGAUUCUAAGCUGAAUCACGACCUUAGGGAGAUGGCCACAGAUUUGAAUUUGGCGCAGAAGCGUGCGUACAACAAGGAACAAACCGAACUAGCUUUUACCCAACUACGGGAGGUGGAAGCGCCCAUCUAUAGGGAAUAUACAUCAGAUGUCUGUUUGAAAGGACCGUACAGUCCACUGGAGAUGUCUCUCCACAACUUGAUGUACGCGAGCCGGAAUAAGCAGGUGUUGGUGGAGUGGAGCUCAGUGAAUUCCGUGCUCCUAGACACGGAGCCCCAGGAGGUGUACCAGAGGUUGCUGGUGUCAGCGGAGGUUGGUCAGAGUGCGUCAAGUAGUACGCUAUCACUAAGAAAUACGACGUUGAUGCCAAAUAUAAGAGGACUGCCCGCUAUCAUAGCCUUACUGUUCUGUCCGGAAGCGGAACUCCGUCGCGACAGCACGGCGACCCGCUACGUCAGCGUGCUGUGCGGGCUCGGCUCCGACGAGGUUGGGAGGCCGCGUUUCCCCGAACACGACCUACUGGUGGAUGUGGACGCCGACCUCUCCGUCGAGGACAUAGGACUGGUAAACCAUAUCCGCCACCUGAUGGACUACAUGCUGUACUGCAGCGAGGGUCAGGACUCGCCGGCCAUGGACGACGAGCUAAGGGUCAACGUGCCCAAGUAUAUACGAGAAGAUCUCAUGCAGUUGCUACUGAAACGUCGGAAACACCGUGAGACUGAAAGCGUUGUUAACGCCUGGGAAUGGAAGUCUAUACCGGAGGAUGAGCUGUUGGAGAUCACUAUACCGGAUAUGGUUGAGAGAGCUGUCGUGUACUCAUUGCACUCGCCAUUAGAACUACGCCCAAAGGACAGAGACACUCUGCUGGCGUUGAAGAGGGACAACGAUGACCUCAAAAUGAGAGUCAGCAGGUCGCUGGUGUCUAACGACACCGUCCUAGCGUGCAAGCUGUGUGGAUCAACACCAAUGCCGGUGCACUCGAUGAGAAUUCAUCUCAGUUCAAAUUCUCAUCGCGAUAAAGAGGAAGACUUCAAAGCUGUGUUAUCAUAGACUGUAAAACAGAAAUUGUUAUAUAAUUUUGACAUAAAUAAAUAAAUAAAUAUAUA